AUGCGAAUUCUUGUUUUCUUCUUGUUUAUUCACUGUCUGAAUAUUAUCUUCGUCAAUGGCAGAAUAUUAUCAGAACAAGAAGCAUUAUUAGCUAUUAAAUCUGCCAUUAAAGAUGAUCCUCAUAAAAGUCUAUCAUCUUGGAAAAACACUACUCACUAUUGCAAUUGGUCGUUCGCCACUUGCUCUUCGUCUUCUCACUCUCCCACUGUCAUUUUCCUGGACAUCUCCUACUUAGAACUCAAUGGUACUCUCUCUCCUCAAAUCGGUUUACUUACAAACCUGCAAAACCUAUCUCUCCAUGAUAACUAUUUUUAUGGGCAUGUCCCGUCUUCUCUUUCUCUCCUUACAAAAUUCCAAUAUUUUUAUGGGCGUGAUAACUAUUUUAGUGGUCCACUCCCUUUAUUUGUUAAUAUGUCGGAGCUUCGGUGCCUUUGUCUUACUACUAGGGGUGUCAAACAGGUCGUGUGGGGUCGUUUUCAGGUCAUUUGA